UUUUAUAUUUAUUUUAAAAGUGGACUUAGAACGAUUUUGAACCAGUUUGAAUGUUGUAAACUAUGGAAUUAGAGCAUCACAUUCUGGUUUUUAUGUUAAUAUACUGCAUAAGGAUUAAAUCACAGUAUUGUUCUCAAUGGCACAUGAUUUAUUCAGAUCAAAUGAACAAGUAGGAUUUGGAGUCAUGAAAUAAACUUUUUUGCUUGUAUCUCCGUGUUGUCUGACAGGUUGACAUUUUUGAGGCAUGCCAUGAACUUCAUGAAGGUUCCAACAUUCUUGUACUGAAGUUGACAGAUCAGCUCUGUAUGUCGAGCUCCAUUUUUCCAGUUUCUACCUGUUUCCAGUCAAAUUUAAGUCUGCACUGGUUGUUGACUGUGUCAUUUAACAAUUCUUUCCUGAACAGAUGUUAAAAUAUUUUUUUUAAUUGAACAAAUGUAUUAUUAUCUUGAAUAAUGACUUAAAUAUCACCAAACUUGCUUUGGAUGGACACAAAUAGAAAUGCAGCUCCACAUCAUCACAGACUGUGGAAAUGUGGUGGUGUUCUUAAGGCAGUCGUUUAUAUGUUUCAUGGGCAUGAUACCGAACAACUGUUCUAGCGUCAUUCCCUCUGAAUAUGCACAUUUGUUAUCUUAUUUUCUUUCAACCAAGUUCUUACAGUGUGCUUUUAAACUUUGACUGCUGCUUAUAUAGUUUUGGGUUUUGUUUCUUUUAUGGUGUAUUUUCUAUUUUCAAGGCAAUAUUGCUUUGAAUUUUCAAUUAAUGUAUUCUUGUAUGCUUCCAUUUUUCACAUUUACUGUUUUGUUUGGAGUUGUUUUUCCAGCGCUCAUUUACCUUCUUUAAAUUUUUUUUAACCCAUUUCAUUGUUUCAAAUGGCAGCUCUGAUGUUGGGGCCUCGUUUCCUGUCAGUGGCCCAAGUGCAACAGCUCUCGCUGUCUGGAUAAUGCUGGAAGGCGUAGUAAUAAACAGUCGGCAACAUGUUGGACUCCAGAAACUCUCAGCACUUUCAGGAAGGAUACGAUCCUCCGUUGGUCCGUUUAAAAACUACAAGUUCAUUCAAGAUGAAUCGAGUGGGGACUCGGUUCUUGUGUGCUCAUGCUUUCGUAUCAUUGAGAACCUGGAACCUACAUGCGCGGUGGGUCAGCUGGUUUAUGAGACUGUUCGAGGCCAUCAUAAGCAGUACCGCACAGGGUCUGGAUGCUUACUGUUUCUUGCAGGAGGUUGGAGCCGUGCUGCAUUGGACAGCCUCCGGAGAGGCAUUUCAGUUCAGCACAUAAUCACAGCUAUGUCUGAGGGGAUUGAUAUUUGCUUGGAUGUUUGCAAGAAAUUUUCAGUUUCAUUCAAGGACCUCGCUGUAAUGGAGAAAUGCACCGCUGCACCUGGAGGUACAAAGAAAGCUUCUACCGACGCAUCCAUAGAGAUGGCAAACUUUCAUGACAAGUGUCUAAGCAAGAGUGGACAAAGAAAGGUUAAGCUCAGCAGACAUUUUUGUGAGGCCAAGUCUGAUAUGCUCUCCACAGUUCGGCAUCCUGAUCAGCCUGACAUGAUAGUCAUUGCUGAGUCUUUGAGCCAUGGUUGUGAAAAGGCUAUGAAAUUGGCAGUUGAAGCUGCUCAGAUGCUGUUAAAGACAAACCAACAACAUAUCAGAGAUCCCUUGUUUGACAUUUCAAAAAUGUUAACUUGUCUUGUUUCUGGUUUGCCAGAGGACUACGCAUGUGUUGUUGAAGGCUGCGUUCUUCUUUUAUCUGACAAGCAGGCUGCAGUUGCUCAUGUGGUAAAACAACAACCCCUGAAAGUUGCUCUUAUUACUGGAGAUCUGUCUCAGACCUACCGCCAUCUGGGCUUCAAAAGCCUACCAGGUGAACAAUGUGUGUGUGAGGACUUGGAUUUGUCAGUUUCAAACAAAGAGGAUGAAUGGGUGGAUAAGGUUGUGAAACUACUCCUGAACCUGGAAGUGAAACUGAUACUAACUGCUGGCCUUGUCAGCCAGAAGGUCAUUCAGCACUGUUGUAGGCAUCAGAUUCUCGUGGUGGAGAAGGUCAACUCUUCUGUUUUGAAGACUAUUGGCAGCUCAACUGGAGCUAUUCCAGUAAAUUAUGCCACACAGUUAACAGAGUCUUGUGUCGGUGAUGGUGUUAAUGUUGAGAUCUGGAGGGACCUCAGCAGCUAUGAGAGGAAAUCUUUAACAGCUGUGAACAUUUCCACUGGCAGGAGUAGUGGGCUGGUCACAGUGGUUGUCACAAGUUGCGUACAUGGCAAGCUGCAAGCCCUGGAGGACCAGUUCUGGGCCUGUGCAUACCGUUUACACCAUGCACUGAAAGACGGAGCCCUGCUGCCUGGUGCUGGAGGAGCCGAGUUGCUUUGUGUUCAUCAGCUACAAAAGCAAGCAGAACACGACAGGGUGAAAGACAGCAAAACUGGGUCAGCAGCUAACCUCUACAGAGGUCUCGUGCUACAACUCAUGGCAGGUGGUUUAAUAGAUUACAUAACGGCUGUAAUGGUUAACACCGGAAGGUUCACUGCAGCCAAUGCUAGGACUAUUGUCAGCAAGCAACUGACGGAAUUUCACAGAGAUGAAAUAAGUACAGAGAAGUUUUUACAACUUGUUUCACAGAGCAAAAGAGAGGAUGCAGGUUUCUCAGCAGUGAAACCAGAUGAGGCACCGGCUUUGAACAUCUAUGAUAACUUGAGUGUAAAGCAGGAAGCGUGGAGGAAAGCUUUAGACCUAGUUUUACUAGUUCUACAGACUGAUGCAGAAAUCAUCACAGGAACUGGCCAAAAAAAUGAGGGGAAUCUGAUGCUGCUUUGAUUGUUCCAAUAAUUUUUUCAUUUAUUGGUUUUCUAAUUUUUGCAAUUUGCAUAAAGUUAUUUUUUUGUUAAAGUCAUGUUAUAUGAGUUUUCUUGUCCUCAGUGACAUAGAUAAUAUAGUGUUCUGUCUAUUCUCUACCACUAGGGAGAGACAUAAUCUUCGAAAAUAAACCUUUUGAAAACAUUUCA